GUGAGAAAGUUGCCAGUGAGGUAAAGCAGAGCAGGACAGCGGAGCGUUUGCUUCUAUGUGGGAGUUUUUGUUAUCAAAACUGACAGAAUAUUUCUUCCUUUUCUCGCGAAAUCUAUUUUGGACCCAGGCUUCCAUACAAACCCAACGUGGAAAUAAAUAUAUAGCUUUUUAUUGACUGCUUAACCGCCAGCUCACGACCGCGGCGAGUCAAGUGGGAACUCUUCACUGUAAUUAACUUUUGUGGAUUUGUUUCUGGGGCUCAAACUGAGAGCCAACAGUUUGUGACUGAAUUGACGGUGUACGGGUAUUCUCCCCAUUUGUAUUUAUUUAUUUUUUGUGAGUUUUGUCGGCUCUCUACUUGGAAUAUAACUGCAUGCAAAACAAACGCUGGAGUGAUUGGAGUGGAUUUAGUCUUCAUAUCUCACCUGGUUUUUGUCCUUCCCCUUCAACUGCCUCCAGCUAAUGAGCCAUUUGUCGUGCUUUUCCGGUUGAUUUACGGUUGCGCCGUCGCUGGAGCGCAGGAGAGGCAACGACCGGGAUACAACGAGGAGCGGGGUAUCACGUUAAACGGUCGGUGAAUCCACUGAGCAGCAGAACGGUCGGUUUGCCUUAAGAAAAAACAAAAAAGAAAUAGGCGGAUGGAUUCGUAUUCGUGAACGAGAGCUUCACACAUCUAACCAGGGCUCCGUUUGAUUCCUCGUUAGCGGGGUUUUAAAGAAGGACACGGUUGCUCUACCUUCGGAGAUAACAAUGUUUCCUCAGGGGCGACACCCGACGCCCCAUCAGGCUCCAGGCCAGCCCUUUAAGUUCACCAUCCCAGAGUCACUGGAUCGCAUCAAGGAGGAGUUCCAGUUUCUGCAGGCACAGUACCACAGUCUCAAGCUGGAAUGUGAAAAGCUGGCCAGUGAAAAAACUGAGAUGCAGAGACACUAUGUCAUGUACUAUGAGAUGUCAUACGGCCUCAACAUUGAAAUGCACAAACAGACUGAGAUUGCCAAGAGACUAAACACCAUCUGUGCACAAGUCAUUCCCUUCCUCUCACAGGAGCAUCAGCAGCAGGUGGUACAAGCCGUGGAACGUGCCAAACAGGUGACCAUGGCAGAGCUUAACGCUGUCAUCGGGGUACGUGGACUGCCAGGUCUUCCACCUACACAGCAACACCUAUCACAUAACCAUGGUGGUGCCCCUAUUCCCCUAACUCCUCAUCCUGCUGGCCUCCACCCAUCUCAGCUAAGUGGUUCAGCUGGUCUCCUGGCUCUGUCAGGAGCACUUGGUGCUGUCCCUCCCCAUCUGGCAGGAAAAGAUGGUGGGGAUAAGAAAUCUCAUCUGUCUGGACCAGACUCACACCCUUCUGGUCCUGACCACCUGAGAGAGCGAGAGCCAGGCACAAGUAACUCUCUGUUGCCGGAAAGUCUUAGGAACUCUGAUAAGCGACGCAAUGGACCAGACUUUCCAAAUGACACCAAAAAACGCAAGGUGGAUGACAAGGACUCUAGCCACUAUGAUAGCGAUGGAGACAAAAGUGAUGACAAUUUAGUGGUGGAUGUCUCAAAUGAGGAUCCAGCCUCCCCACGCGGCACACCUCUUCCCUCCCCCAGGGAAAAUGGCUUGGAUAAAGCACGUCUUCUCAAGAAAGACCCCUGUAGCCCAGCAUCUACCGCCUCAUCAGCCAGCUCCUCCUCCCUCAAGUCCAAAGAAAUGGCAGUGCGAGAUAAGGCAGGUACACCUGGUCUUAAGUCAAGUACGCCUACACCAAGAGGUGACUCUACCCCUGGUCCAAGCUCCACACCUGGUAUCCGACAAAGUCUGUCAAAACCUCCAUCCAUGGAGAUACCACAUGCACCUACUGCAGGUUUGCGAACUCCCAUGGCUGUACCAGGCCCAUAUCCAGGUGCAUUUGGUAUGUUGCCCCAUGCUGCUGGGAUGAAUGGGGAAUUAGCUGGUGCAGCCGGCGCUGCAGCCUAUGCUGCUGGACUGCACAGCAUGUCACCUCAAAUGAGUGCUGCAGCUGCUGCUGCUGUGGCUGCAUAUGGUCGUUCACCUAUGGUUGGUUUUGAUCCUCAUCCUCACAUGCGAGUUCCGGGAAUGCCUCCUAGUCUCACAGGAAUUCCUGGCGGCAAGCCUGCAUACUCCUUUCAUGUUGCGGCCGAUGGUCAGAUGCAGCCAGUUCCGUUCCCCCCAGAUGCUCUAGUGGGACCAGGAAUCCCUCGCCAUGCCCGUCAGAUCAACACACUGAACCACGGAGAGGUUGUGUGUGCCGUCACCAUCAGUAACCCCACCCGGCAUGUUUACACAGGAGGAAAGGGUUGUGUCAAGGUUUGGGACAUUAGUCACCCAGGAAACAAGAGCCCUGUGUCCCAACUCGACUGCCUGAACCGAGACAACUACAUCCGCUCUUGUCGUCUUCUCCCCGAUGGUCGGACACUUAUUGUGGGCGGUGAAGCUAGCACAUUGUCAAUCUGGGAUUUGGCCACUCCCACUCCAAGAAUUAAAGCAGAGCUAACAUCGUCAGCACCAGCAUGCUACGCUUUGGCCAUCAGCCCGGAUUCUAAGGUCUGCUUCUCUUGCUGCAGUGAUGGAAACAUUGCAGUUUGGGAUUUGCACAACCAGACACUUGUUAGGCAGUUCCAAGGCCACACAGAUGGAGCCAGCUGUAUCGACAUCUCCAAUGAUGGCACCAAGCUGUGGACCGGAGGCCUGGACAACACUGUGCGCUCCUGGGAUUUAAGGGAGGGCCGGCAGCUGCAGCAGCAUGACUUUACUUCACAGAUCUUCUCUCUUGGCUACUGUCCGACAGGAGAGUGGUUGGCUGUUGGAAUGGAGAGCAGCAAUGUUGAGGUCCUACAUGUCACCAAGCCCGAUAAAUACCAACUCCAUCUACAUGAAAGCUGCGUUCUCUCCCUGCAGUUUGCCUACUGUGGCAAAUGGUUUGUGAGUACAGGAAAGGACAACCUACUGAAUGCAUGGAGAACACCAUAUGGAGCCAGCAUAUUCCAGUCUAAAGAAUCAUCCUCUGUGCUAAGCUGUGACAUAUCUGUGGAUGACAAGUACAUUGUAACUGGAUCAGGGGACAAAAAAGCCACAGUUUAUGAGGUCAUCUACUGAAGAUAUGGAUUAGAAAGCAAGGACUUUUUCUCUUUCCCAUAAAUCUUUCUACUCGUCUUGAAAUGUUCACAUGGAGCCAGACAAGAGCGACCUAACUGGCAUUCUUUAUUGUUACAUCUGCUGCAGCGGUACAGAAAGAAGGCAACAAGCUUUUCAUGUGUGCAUAUUUAUUGUGCCUGUGAGCAUGACUCCAUAUCAGCUGGGAAUUAUUUGGAUGUUAAUGGAGAUAAUGACGCCAUGUUGGAGUAUUUUCUGCUGUGGACCAGCUGGGAUUCAGUGACCAAAGGGACUCUUUUUGAUUGAAACCAGGUCUUCUGAUGACAGUGUACUGAAUGGAGAUGUUGAAAGACAUAAUAUUUGGUGUCACAACCAGAAGUAGAGAUGCUACAACAAACUAAACAAUCCAACAUUAGGCAGAAAUGAGCAGAAUUUUGUAGAGACGAGAGGAAGUAACACCCGGAUAACAAUUUUCUAGCAGUGGAUGCAGAUUGUGUUUGGUUGUAUUUUGCUUCAGACAAUACUCACAACCUGUUGAUCUCUCACCAUGGAUUCAGUGACCUUCCAACCUCAGCUUGCUUUUCUGAUAUGCCUACACUGUCUGAAAGGUACCUUCUUUGUCUUCACUUUAAGUCCUACUCUUACUAGUUGCACUGUAAUGGCAGCUGUCUAUCUACAUGCUUUACUUAAGUACCUAAGUGGAAGUUUGAAGCAGUCUGACGCCUGACCUGUCUGACGGUGCUGCAGUAAACUUUUAUGAUGACUCAGUUCAUACAAACUCCAGAGGGAAAGGUGUUUAGACUACUGUUAUGUGGAGAAUUGUUAGCUUACCAAGACAUAAGCUUCAAAAACAGUCUUUUAAAAGGUUUGUUACAAAAGGCUUAACUUUGUUUUGAAAAAAACAUGUUUUUGUUUCCCCUGUAAUCCUGGUUGAAGGAACAAUUGGUGGAAACCUGACGUAAGAGUUUCAGAGACUGAGUUAAUCCUCAAAUUCCAUGAUUACUUCUUUGCUAAUAUACCUGAUUUAACAGAUUAUUUCUUAUUUCCCAACUCAUACACAUGGCUUGACCACAUAAUUCCUCCAGUCUUCCUGAUAUUGACAGAGUAUAAAACUACUUUAUUUAAGGAGAAGAUGGGACUGUGAUAAAGUUGUUUAUAAUGCAUUUUUUCCGUUUGUUGCUCUUACACUUUCUAUUUGAGCAGAACAGAAUCAACAGGUCUGUCCUGCUGUGAGCUUGCCCCAGCCCGGCCUUUUUGAUCUGUGAAACACUUGUCUUAUAUAAACUGCUACAUAUGCUUACACUUAUUUUAACGUACAGUUUAAUCUUGUAUUUGUGGAAAGUGAAAACGAGUAAAAAAAACAAAAACAUUUUGACUAUAACUAUUAAACACAUGACAUCCUUUUUGCCAUACAUUGUCACUUGUUUUUAACUUAUGCUCUUGGACUGGGACAUUACUGGGCGAUAACUCCUUGCUGUCAUGUUUUUCCACGUUACAAAGAAUUUUGUAAGAUUAUGAGAUAAAGGCUUUUGGAGGUGUGUAGAAAAGGUCCAGUUACUCCAGUUUCUUAAAUCACUCAUUUAUUACAUGACCUUGCAUUCAGUUUUGUUUUUUUUGUUUUUUUUUAAUCUAUUUUCUGUAAAAAUGUACAUAUCUUUUUUUUUUUUUUUUUUUUUUUUUUUUUCUUGGAAGACAUGUUUUAGAAAUGACUGUUUUUGUACUUAUUUUACAUCUAAUCAGGAGAAAUACUAAAUGGUCUUAAGGUAGCAAAUCUAAAAUGAUUGAAAUGUGUAGAUAAUAAAUCUGUUUUUUUUGUAACUGGAGUCUUUGUAGUUUUGCACAAAAACACAAGAUGAAUUUAAACUUGUUGAUCCUGUAGCGAAUGCAACCAGGAAAUGGUUUCAAUUACAUAUUUAUAAAUAAGAUUUGGAUUUAGAUUGGCCUCCACAUGCAAAUAUAAUUGAAUAUCUGAAAACUCAACAGUCAGCAGGGAAGAAUUUUUGCCUUGUUUUGCCCUGUAAAUGAGGCUCAGCAAUAAAACUACUGAUACUUACUGAAAUAAGGGAAAAGAAGUCACCUGGGAGCUGUUAUCGGAACAUAAUGUAGAUAACAUUGAUAAGUGAGGACACAUAUUGGAGGAUUGUCAUUGUCCUCAAGCAAACAUCAGUGUCAAUCACAUUUUUCUCAUAUUUGUUUCCUUAACUGGUGUAUUUAUUUUUCUUGGAGGCCAAAGUCUGACUGUUAUAACUGCACAGUCCUUAAUGUUUUGGGCCGUUCUGUCCUUAAAGGGCCAUGCUCUUGAUUUGACUGAGAAUGGAGCGCUGCAACAAACUGACAAAAAGUGACCAAAAUGUUGCAAAAGCGUUUAAAAUAUAAAAUUGUCCUGCAAGUUAAGGCAUGAGGAACAGGACAGGGUUCAGUAUUUUGGGAUUGUUGGGUGUAUACGUUGCAUACAAGCAUUUUUACUGUCCGCUAAGCUUUGGUUAAUGUUGAAAUCUAACACUUUGAACGUAACAUUGAACACAUCUAGUAAAGGCGGCGACUAGGUAACACCGCUCCCACGUUGCAACAGAUAAACAUUUAAUCAGUUGUUCAAUGACCUCCAGACAAGAAGUCUGUAAAAAAAAGUUCAUUUUCUGGUCAACAUAUGAGCUUUUUAACUCUGUGAUGUUGUAGUAAUUCUUCUCAUUUAAUUAUUGUUAAACACAAGGUUGAUAAUUAAGUUCCCUACUAAUAUAAAAUAUAAAAGGAGACUCAUAAGUUUUUCAAUAUAUUUCUAAAAUUAUUUAAAUCUGCACUAAAAAGUAAAGUCCACCUCUUGACUGCAUCAUUUGUGUAAUUGCUGUCAGGCAGACGAAUCCAUAAAAACAAUGACGUAAAGCUCUUUCUUGGCGGUGGUAUGUUGUAGCUAAUUAUUGCAAGACAAAUUUCCUCCAAUCAUGUAAUGUUUUUUUUCCCUAUUGGUUUAUUGCGCAUGCACUCAUAUGCAUGUUUUUUUUUUGUUUCUGAGCUAUUUGCUUGUACAAAGGCUACAACAGCCUGGAAAGCAAAUCAUGUAAAGAUUCUAAUCUAAGGUUUUCAUAUAUGUUGCAGCCAGUUGUUGUCAUAAAGACUUUUUAAACAUGUUUUUUUAAAUUUGUAUCUGGCACUGGAGACAAAUGAGACAUGACAGUAAAAACAUAAAAAGGAAAAUGGUGAGCAAUAAAGUAUGUGAUGUGAUGCUGCACUAACUGGUGUUAACCGAAAUGUUGUUUUAACCUCUUCUUUGGGCCAUCUCAGGAUAAAUUAUGCAUUUUAGUAAAAGCAGCUGGCUGCUCCCACCAUGUCAUCAGAGAUCUUAAAUAGUUUUCCUGCUUGUGUCUGCUCAGAACUAAACAUGUUGUGCAGUUUUUGCUUUCUCCUGUUAGAGAGAAUGCAAGCCAGUGAGACACGCUGUGUCAACCUGUCUUUCUGUUUGUGUAGUCACUGAACUGAAAAGGUCACAUGAUUUUGGAUUUAAACAGUUUCCUGGAAUUAGAGUAGUUCAUGCAGGGACAUUAACUCUGUCUUCCCUGUGAAAGCACUUGACCUGUCCACACUUUUUUAUUUUCUAUCUAGGCCUCUGGGUUGAUCUUCAGCCUCUUAUGGCACCAAGUCAAACUGAAAGUCUAUGAACAGGUUGGGUUGUGUUCAUGUUUGGGGGAUUUUUCAGCCUAUGUUGUAGUGAUAUGGAGGUACACUAUGAUGUAGAUAGCCACAGAGCACAGCAGCUGUUCAAAUCAACUGUGUUAAAUGACUGAAUCCAAUCCUCUGCUUAAUACCAACUCCAACAACAAACAGACUAGCUCCAUGUCUCUCCCCUGAUGUAAACUGUAAAUCAGAUUAAUUACUGCGAAUAUAUAAUUCUCUGUCUAUCCCUGGCUCUAACACACAAAUACUUGCAGAAACACACACGCACACAGUGUUGAACAGAAUGAGGUGAUUAUGUGGCAAUUACAGCAGUCACAGCGACAAAAUCAAAGCUGAUCCUUAGAGGAAAAAAUGGAGAAAAUGUCACUCCAAGUUUUUGGUCUAUCCAGAGAUUUCUGAGCUCUGAAUCACAGCAUUCUCUUUUGAUCAUCACUGCUGCUGCCUCUCUCCGAUACACAGGCGGAUUAUUCCCCCUAAAUCUCCCAAAUCCCUAAUCCUAUUUAUCUCAACGCCACACAAAAAAGGUGCUCUCUGCUUACUGCUCAGCUUAUGUGUACAGUAUGGGUGUUAGCAUGUCGAAAUGAAUUUCUACAAUUGUGAGGACCUGUUCAUAGUGGUAUGUCAGACUGUGCUCACUCUGGAAAUGCUUUUUAACAGCACCUAGACCUAGAAGUAAGGUACAUACUGCUUACUUGAAGACAAGUAGGAAUUACUGUCUUAUUGAGGAAAAAAGUAACAUUGAGUUACCUGGUAGAGGUAUAUCUAAUUGUUUACUAAAUGAUAUGUGUAUGCUUUGAAGUUUUGCAAAAAGAUGCACCAAGACCCAUUUGAGUCCAGUCGGCAUAUGCGUACUGGAGUGAGUUGAUCCCCAAUCACAUUAUCUAGCUGUGUUACUCUUUUCAGACAAUUUCUGUUGGAAUAAUAUGUUUACACAAAUCUUAAAAGUCUUGAUUUUGUGUGACUAACAAAAUCUUUUUUCUUUUUUUUUUAAAUGUAAUGUAAGCAUACUCAUUCACUCUUUAAGUCUGUUUUGGGAUUUUACAGCUCCUGGAUCUUAAUCUGAUAAGCGUUCCACAUUUUUAUGUUUUUUUUUAUGCCAGUUGCUAAUAUUGUAAGCCACUUGAUACUAAUAAACAACGUAGCCCACA